ACACUCUUGGUUUUGGCAGACUUGAACAGUAGGAGGAAGAAGGAAGUGUUUAUAUCAGGAUUUGAGUCAUCACCUUUGAGCCAAGCAUUAUUGGGAACUCUUUCCGUAGUAAUUUCUUAUAUCUGACUAGGUUUGUUUUGCCUCAAAGCUACAAUGAGAACAAUAUCUAUGUUGUUUAUCGUGCUGGUUUAUUUGUCUGGUGGUGUCAGAGGAGACUCAAAGGACAUGUCAGCACCAGGAGUAUCUACUGGAAAUAAACCAGAAGCAGGAGUAUCUACUGGAAAUAAACCAGAAGCAGGUGUACCAGAAGCAGGGGUAUCUACUGGAAAUAAGCCAGAAGCAGGGGUAUCUACUGGAAAUAAGCCAGAAGCAGGGGUAUCUACUGAGAAGGAAACGACACUGGCACCAGGAGCCUCUCCUGAAAAGGAAACGACACUGGCACCAGGAGCCUCUCCUGAAAAGGAAACGACACUGGCACCAGGAGCCUCUCCUGAAAAGGAAAUGACAUCGGCACCAGUAGACCCAGCUGGAAAGGAAACGGCACCAGUAGACCCAGCUGGAAAGGAAACGGCACCAGUAGACCCGGCUGGAAAGGAAACGGCACCAGUAGACCCGGCUGGAAAGGAAACGGCACCAGUAGACCCGGCUGGAAAGGAAACGGCACCAGUAGACCCGGCUGGAAAGGAAACCCACGGCACACGUGAUGAGGCAGAGAGCAGUCACUUCUUUGCUUAUCUUGUGUGUUCAGCUGUGUUGGUGGCAGUGCUCUACAUUAGCUACCACAACAAGCGGAAGAUCAUUGCCUAUUGCGUCGAGGGAAAGAGGUCGAGAUCGGGACGUCGGCCCAAAGGCGCAGAGUACACCAAGCUGGAACAGAAUUAGUGAAGAAUGUCAUGAAGUCAUUGCCAGAAAACUGUGGAUAUAGGUGUUAAGAUUAAAUAAGGCACCAAACUGAUUCCUGGGGAAAGAAGACUUGCUUGGUUUAAUCAAAAAAAAUAUAUAUAUUUUUUUUUACAAAUGGGUAUUACUAGAUGUUUGUCUUUGGAUGCUUAUUGCAUGACUAUGCAGAGGAUACUGUUGCUGAGAAAGAUACGCAUGCUUGUGUUUGCACUCCUGUGUUAUUAUGGUACUUUGGGGUGUCCUUUGUUCUCAGUCAGUCCAUAAUACCUUGAUGUACUGACUCAGGCUGAUUUUGUUUGUCACAGAAGAAGUUGUAUUGUGAGGAUUCCAACUGGUCCCUUAGUGUUUGCAAGUACUAUUGGACAGUAGUUGGACACCUGCUAUGAUGACCACAAUGUUGGCCAUAUGAAUGUAAUUGUACUUUUUGUAUGUUUUGGAGUGUUGUAUUUUCUUUUUAGCUUGAUCCCUUCUGAGAUGGCAGACGUUUUAGUUGCGUUGUGUUGGUUGGAGUGGAGUAAGUGGAAAAACAGUGAAGGUGAUUGUGUGACUGAUAAUGCAUGUGGAUGAAUGAUACUGAAGUUAACCUAGGCCUAAGUUCCAAAUAUAUUAGAGCAGGGGUGUCAAAAGCAUUAUCUUUACGAGGUUCGGAAGGCCACACGUAAAAUGUGCUAUUUCCUAGCUGUCAGAAUCUGAAUUAGAGCUCUGCUACCUGACCCAAGCCAGAUGGGCCCUAACAUUAUACAUCGGUUAGAGCCUGCUAGGCCUGUUUUUACCCACAUCAAUAACUAGGGUACGGGCAGGGCUCGGAUAUCACUAAAUUGAUCAGUAACAUGUUGAAGCUGAGCCAUUUGCUUGUGCUUUUCUGCUCCGUACAGUCAUAUCUAAGAUCAUAACAUGGUGCCAGAAGUGCUUCAAAUAUAACGGGAGAGCUUAUUUCACAAAUAAUGUUCCUUGAGUUUUGUAGAAGUUUAGAGUGACAAAAAGUAGCUAAAAGCCAAUGUAUGGUUAAUCUGGCAUCUGAAUUGGCCGUAGAGCAUUUAAUGCGAUGUGGUCUCUGCAGAAGUCAGGGCAUUCAUAAUUCUUGAGGAGCAGAGCAGAGUUGUUAAGGAAGUGCGUUUGUGUUUAUACGGGAUGUACCGCCCCCACCUACCAUCAACCAAUCAUGUCAAUGUGGAGUGGUACGGAGCUCCCAGCAUUGUUACAUGCGGCCUCAGGAGGCUCUGUACAGAGGGUGUGAUGCAGCUCUUGCGGAGGCCGCAUCGCCUCCCAGAUUUUGUAUCCAUGCGGAGGGCUCCCUAUAGCUCUGCAUUGACGUGAUUGAUCAACGGCUUUAACACUUCUCGCAUGUCUCGUCAUUGAGCAGAGCAGCCCAACGGAGCCGUUGCUAUGGUUACACAGACUGAGCCGCUAUUAGCAUAGUGCAUGCAGAGCGUGCUGCUAGCGCGAGACAGACAGAGAGGAGCAGUUAAUGGAUUUACUAAGUGGGGAAGUUAUUUCUGGUUUCGGGCAGGGCUGGGCCUUUAAAUUUGGCAGAAGUAAUUGGGCCUGGGUAGGCUAGUGCUAAAAUUCAUGCACGUGCAGGGCUCUCCCCAGGAUUUCUAGCUUGCGAAGGGGGCAUUAUGUAAUUUAUGUUCUUUCUAAAGAGGAACAUUUUUAUUUAACUAGUCAAGUCAGUUUAUGAACAAAUUCUUAUUUACAAUGACUGCCUACCCCAGCCAAACCCGGACGAUGCUGGGCCAAUUGUGCGCAGCACUAUGGGACUCCCAAUCACGGCCAGAUGUGAUUCAUUCUGGAUUUGAACCAGGGACUGUAGUGAUGCCUUAGACCGCUGCGCCACUCAUGACCCAAAAAUAGCUUAUCUGUCCCAAACUUUUCAUGGUCUCAACAAAGCUGUCCUUUGAGGGCUUUAGGUAGGGUAGACAUUUUGGCAAAAUUAAGAGUAUUGAUUAACAUUCCGAGCAAUGUAGAAGAUAAAAAUAUUAUCCAAUUGAAGAAUAUCUAAGACUGAGCCAGUGUAUAUUUCUCUCCUGUGGCUGUGUCCUAAAUGAUCACUAUAUUUCUACCCAGGGCCUUGUUUCAGAGAGAUCUUUCCGUACAAUGUGCUUUUCAAUAGUCAAUAGUUGAGUAUGUAGUCAUUUUGCACAGAUCCUUUUUGUAUGCUGGACCAAUUUAAGCUAAAUUGGAUUAGAAAUGACAUUUUAUACUAUACCUACCUUGGUUUGGUCACUGUCACAACAAUGCAAAUGUUUUUCUUUUUUGGUGGGAGUUGAAAUGAAUAAAAUGUAUUUAACAAUU